GCCGUCUGACUCAGGCAACACCCCCUCUGCUUUUUCGUUAGAGAGAAAGGAAAGGCGCCAGAAUCGGCGCUGACGCUUCACACAGGGCGUACGCACGGAUGUAGGUACGACGUACUGUCAAGAUUCAAGAAAUGUCCGAAGACGCAGGAUGGGAGCCCAUGCCUUCAUAUUUCGAUGUGCUACGGGGCAUGUACGGUAUUUGCAAAUAUAGUGCUCAGUCGUACGCUUCGAACCAGAACUACAGUUUUCCCAAAGACGUGCUUGUGGAUGUUAGCAACUUUUGUCAGAUUCCCCUCGAGGAUAUCACAGUGGUGCUGGCAUUCGCCGUUCUCUGGACUGUCAUCAGGCAGCUACUCACAGACAAUGUGUUUAAGCCCCUGGGUCGAAAUCUGCAAAUUCUCCCGGAAAAUGUCCAUAAGCUCCCAGAAAGCGCAUGGAAGCUGUUGUACUACUUUUCCGUCUGGUCCUACACUGUAUAUGUGGUGGUCCUCAAGGGAAAAUAUCGGUUCUUUCAGCAGCCUAGCACUGUGUGGGAUGGGUGGAGUACAGAGGCUGUGGUACCAUGGGACAUCUACAGCAUCUACAUAGUGCAGUUCAGCUAUUAUGUUCAUGGGAUGUAUGCAGUACUCUACCAAGACAUAUGGAGGAAAGACUCUAUUGUGAUGCUUCUACAUCAUUCUCUUACUAUAGCCCUCCUAUGGAUGUCUUAUGUUUUCAAGUGCCAUAACAUAGGGGUUCUGGUGCUGGUGCUUCAUGACCUGUGUGAUAUUCUGCUGGAGUUCUCCAAGCUGAACGUCUACCUCAAGGUGCGCGCAGGAAAGGUGUACAUAAUCCACGACUAUGUAGCCACUGUGGCAUUUGCGUGCCUUGCUGUCACGUGGUUUAUUACCCGCUUGUAUUACUACCCAAGGAAAGUGAUGUACGCUGCCACUCUGGCUCUCUUCGAGAGGCAGGUGUUCCCGUCUUACUACUUCUUCUUUGAUGUCCUCCUCACGGUUCUCCUUCUUAUGAACUUCUACUGGUUUGUUCUGAUUGUGCUGUUUGCGAUACGAGUGCUGAUAGGUGACAUAAAAGAACUGGAUGACACACGAGAAUAUGAUGUUGCUGCAAAGCUGGACUGUAGCAAGAAGAAGAAUGGAGCCAUCAAAGGCAAAAAUGCCUUGAAUACAGUGGCUUCUUCCAUUGAGCAGAAUGGAAAUGGAUGGCAGAAUGGAACCGUCGUGCAUCACAAGACCACUCACAAGGAAGUGGGAACACUAAGGGAGCGCCUUGUGCAUGCCUGAAGCUCAUCAUCAUCUGCUGUCUCCGCUGCUGCUGCUGCUGCUGCUGCUAGUCACGGUAACUGUUGCCGUGGUAACUGUCCCGUGGUUGCACUUUGCCUGAAACGUGCAUACUGUGCUUCAGAUGCUCCAGGUCGUCAGCUGGACAAUAUCUGCUUCUUCUUUGGCUUCCAAUAGUUGCACACUCAGUGCCCUUUGUGCAUUAUUCUGAUGCACAGAUCACCCUACAGCAAGGUGUGUGUGUGUGUGUUCCUUUUCAUUGUAGCUUCAUGGCAAGACAGUGUUGAAAAGCAAAUUGCUAUCAUUGAUAAUGGAGGAAAAUCACUUGAAAUAGUCUGUGGGGACACUGGGUUUCGAGGUUAGUGUGAAAAACUCUUCUCUCUGAAACAUGGUAGUAUAAACUAUUUUAAAAAGAAUAUGGAUGUACCAUUCAAAAUGUACAGAACACAUUUGAGUCUGCAAGCUUGAGUGUGUGAUUAGAAACAAUCAUGUGCAGAGCCUCUCGAACUUCCUGAAAAAAAAAAAAAUAAAUAAAAAAUGGUUUCCAUGGAAGCUGAGCAAAGUAGCAAACAUUUGCCUACAGUAUGUAGGCUCAAAGUCGAGUAGCAAAAUUGACUUUAUCCACAGGGUUAUUAAUGCAGGAAAUAGGACCAAAACCUUUAACCUUUGGCACAGUUUCUGAAAACUCGUUGGUUGAUAUCAGUAGUAGCAAGGCCUUUUGGUUCUUAACGUUUCUUAUGUUAUGUGAAUUUUUAACGUUGUAGUGUGUGCAUGUCAUUGGGUGGUUCAAUCAGGGUGGAUGGGGCAGAGAUGAAGUAUUGGGGUUUUGGAAAUGCUAGAAAAAGCUUAAAUGGAAAUCUUUAUGGGAGGAAGGUGGUGUGCUCCUAUGUCUUUGUCUGGACCUGCCUGUGGCACAUGUAUGGUAGUUGUCAUGGAGACAGCAUCAUACCAUGGCCACAAAAACAUUUACUAUUUGACUCCUUUUUAUACCAUGUGGUCUGUAGUGAUGGUUGUAUUAAGCAAAUAUGUUUGCAAGGGUGUCAUCGCUUGAAAUAUUGCAAAAUGUGGCAUCAGCCAACCAAGAGUUAUGGCAUGUAUUCUUGAGCAGCGAGUCACAACAUAACACCUUUUAUUAGUCACUGAUGUAAGAUGAUGCAGUUUGUCUGUGUAUAAAGUGAAAUUCCAUACAGUGAUCAAUUUACGUGUCAGCGUUUUAGCAACUCUGUGAAUUACACUACCAUUUACCCCCGCAACGAAACUACUACACUGGUGGUCCCGGCAGCAUCAAAGUCCAAUAAUAAUGCUAUCGUGUAUCUCUUAAGUAUUUCAAAACCUAGUGCAGAUUGCUGAGAAACCAUUACCACUACUGCAUUUUUAUUGUCGUCUCCAUGCUGAGCACGUUGAUACACAUAAGAAGUGACAGAGUUAAUUCAGAAGCACUGCAAGAUUGGAAUGUUGCAGUUGUCCAAAAAGCCAGGCAACGGAGAGUCCCGCUGCUGUCUGGCCUUUUCGACGACUGGCAUACCGUAAUUUCAUGUGUAUAAGCCGCACCGCAGAUAAUCCGCAGGACCCGUUUUUAGGAACGUUUGGAAACUUUUCAGGCAGAUAAGCCACAUUCACAAAUAAGCCGCGACUAAUUUGUGCGACAAAGGAGGCCAUAGAGAAGACCUGUGGUCCAUACUCCGAGGUCUGCACGGUGUACAACAAAGGAGAUCAGUUCUAGUGUUCUACCAAGAAAGGAUUGUGCCCUUGUUGUGGGUUUUUCAUGCAUCAACGGGUCAGUGGCCUUCCAGAAGACAGGAAUCACUGUCACCACUUUCGUUAAAUCUUCUUGUGAGAAGGCACCUGGAAGGUCAGUCUACUCGAAUGUGGAUGUGCCCCUGUUACGCAUUGUUCGUGCAUUGGUAGGGCGGUGCUGUUCCAGAGACACUGUCGGCCCUUUGGUUGAAACCGGCAUAUGGGGAAAAUACUGUGGAAAAAUAGUCAUCAGAUAAGCUGCAGAGCAUCCGUGAGAGAAAAUCUGCGCAUAAGCUGCGGCUAAUACGCGUGAAAUUACGAUACUUCGGUCUUUCAGUGUCCGUAGGCAUUGGAGGAAUUGUGUUGUCUGCUUGUGUGCCAGCCUCAGCUCUGUUACCUACCAUAACCUUAAAGUGUCCUGCGUAAAAAAUUGUUGCUCAGUGUAUGCAAUGCGAGAUUAAAUGCUGAUGGAAGCGUCUAUCCAGUGUAACUUGCAAAAUCUUCAAGGUUUGCAUGAUGCUCCAGCUGCUUGAACUGCUGCAAACAUAGCUGCUUUCAUUCGUGCUUGGCAAUCAGCUUUGUGCCGUUUAAGACGUGCACAAGCAUAUGUGUACUGGAAUGUGCGAACCUGCCUGUUUUAUGUGUCUGUAUUAGUACACCAUAUGUGGACGUCCUUAUUGCAGUCAUGUUUCAGGAGAGAGGAUGUGGCAGUUUCAUGGCAAUAAGAGUAAAGUUCAAGAGCUGUGCUUCUAAUAACACUAAUAGCAUUAAUUCAGUUUUUUUUUUUUUGCUCAUGAGUAAGUCUACAAGUCUGUCCUCUAUAUGGUAUUUAUUCAGCAGGUGUCUAAAAAUUCUGAUGGUAUGCAUUGGAAUCCUUUUUGUUGCAUCCCAUUAACGUGAAAACCUGACUGACAUAAGAUGACGCUCUUCAGUUGAGGAACCCCUUCUAGUUGGUGUAGUGCCAUUAUGUAAGGCAGCUUCAAAAGUCGACAAAAAAAAAAAAAGAAAAUGAGAAAAAGUGUGCGAAGGAGCAAGUCAUUUAGAAAUUUAAAAUGCUUGGCAAAAAAAACUUUUCCUACCAAACUGAGGGACAAAACAAAAGGCUGUUGUUUGCCCUUUAGAGGAGGAUGUAUUGAGAAAGAGAGAUUACCUGUUCCUGUUUGCUGAUAUCACACUGUGCAGGUCGCUGCACACUGUAAUUUAUACAAAGUCAAGUAAGUUGUGUACUGUAACCAUUUAUUUCUUGACCAAGACUAUCCUGUGUUAUGCCAUAAACCUGCAGGCAUGCAUAAAAACAGACACCUCUGUUGCAAACGCUUGGGUGGCACCACGGGGCAGAAGUGCAGCAGCAACGAAGUUUAAUUCACAAGACGAAGAGAAAGGGAUCUUCGUAGGAAGAAAAAACAACAAAAAAAGAAACAACAAAUUAUGCAACACUUAGUGAAUAUGUGAUUGCAUGCAAUCAGUACACUCGCUAUGCUGACUGUGCAUUACGUCACUCAGAUAUCGAUAAGCUGAGAUAUUGAUAUUUGUUUUAAGUGUAGCCAUCUUGAAAUAGUUUCAGAGUUUCCAGAGAGAUGUGCAGUUGUAAUAUACCAAAUGUACAUUUUGUGAAAUCAAGUUUCUUUGUUUAUUGCAUUUGUAAACAGUGUUCUCUAUAUACACACACACACACACCCUAGGGCAGGUUGCCAGUGCCGGAAUUUUCAAAUUAAAGUGGUUUCAAAAAUAGCAUAAUUGAAAAGAAUCGCAUACUUUCACCAUUUGUUGACAAAACAUGUUGUGCAGAACUCCCUGCAUCAUUCCUCAUGGAAUGAACCAUAAUGCCAUGGCACAUAAAAAGAUUAGGACACUAAUUAACACUUGUAUGCAAGUUAGAUCCUUAGUGGAACUUACUGCACAAAAUUAUCAGAAGGAAAAUGUUGGUACUACAGAUGCUAGAACUUUGAGAUGUAUUGCCUUGGCUUUGAGAUAUGGCAACUAGGCUCUUUGGGGAUAAUAUUGCUUGUACACUUGUUUAACUGGAGAAGGGCAUAUUUAAUUUUUUUCUUCUAUGUGUUGAACCUAAUUUUUUACUCAAGUAUACUCAAAAUCAAUCAGGUGGCCGCAUCUUUGUAGGCAGUCUUGUUGGGCCACAUGCAUGUGUGUUGGAAUAAUGCUGGAGAGGUGAAGCAGAUGCAUGAUGUGGAAGGAACAAAUGACCAAUUCAUUUUCUGCUUCUUUUGAUGUGAUUUCUGAAUGUUCUGAGAAUAGAACUUUAACACAGCAGGUUAUUGUAUUUCAAGCUUUUAUAUCCCUGCAUUUAGACACAUUAGGAAAUUUAUAAUACAUUUCGGUUACUUUGACCAACAUUUUCUAUUUUUAGAAGUUUUAUCUCAAUUAGUGUUGAUUAGUAUGCUUUGUUGGUUAGCCUUCUAACUUUUUGUGUUUAUAUGACACGGGUUGUACCCCAAGGAUCAUCAACAAAAUGUUUGAAUGCAUAUCACUUUUUCCUAGAUAUAACAACAUUAAAUUACUUUUAGUUUCCAACUGUUUGCAGCUUGCUUUUUGGAAUUUAUUCCCUUUGUCAGUUGAACAAUGUAACCAAAUGAGACAUGAUCUUGGCAAUGCUUCAGAAGGGCACAGAAAGCACUAUUGCACUUGGUUAAAAUUGUCUCCUGUAAGAUGUGCACUUAAAUGAUGAGAGUUGUGGGUUGAUUGAAAGCUGUGAAAGCUACGUCAGUAUUAAGACAUCCUUCCCAGGGCUUCUUCCUCUUGACAGGUCUCUUUUAGUGAUAUAGACUAAACUUAUUUGCUUUUUUCUUUUGGGCACAGAAUACACUGAGUGCCUCAUCAGUGGACUUUUAUAGGACAGGCAUGUUGCAAUUGAAAUAAAUCUACACUGGCAAAUAAGCAUGGAACCAUACCUUAUGGACUCUUAUGGACCACAUUACUAGAGAACUAGAUGAAGAAUUCAUGUUAUACAGUGACAGUAUUUCCAACCAGAGAGCAACAAUAAUAUAUGCUUUAGUUAGCCUGCAUGCAAAGAUGCCUGGAAAUGACUGCAUGGGCUGUAGUGUUUUGUGCUUGAGUAUGUCAGCGUGAUUGUGACAUAUUGCAAUGCUUUAGAUUCUGUAUGGUGCACAUUUGCCUGUUGGUGAAUAACUAAUUUUUUUUUCAAUAUUUAUUUGAUAACAUCCUAUUUUGUAACAGUUCAACACAUUUGUUAGAUAUGGUGCCGAUGGAGUAACUUGGUUCCGUAAGAGCCAAGAGUGACAAGAACAGUUGUGUCCGCUUCUUUCGAGGCCAGACAUAUGGCCAGAAAUUCGAACAAUGCUCCCCUAAUGAUGCAACACUUAUUUUCUCAAGCUCAAUAAAGUCCUCACUAAAAGUAAUCAAGUAUGAUAUAAACUCUGAGCAAAGUCCUCCCUUUUUUUCCUCUGAUGGAAGAGAUAUCUUGAUGCAGAGCAUAUUUCUUUGUGUUUCUGAUGUACUUUUUGUUUUCUGGUUAUGGUAUAUCAAGAAUCUCUGCAUGUUUUAUAUUUUUAAUAUCAUACUUAAUUAAAGGAUGUGUGACUUAAAACUGGCAUUUAUAAAAUCUGCUUCAUGAUUUUAUGUCACAUAAGACAGGGGUCCUACUGACCUUGUGGAUUCCUAUUUUGAUAUAUUUUGAAACCUUUCAUAUGUGAUGCUAAUUGGUAGUGGAACCAUAGUUUUGACUCAGUAGUUCUUGCAUCAAAAAGGCUGCAUUUAAAGAUAAAAAUUGUAAUGUUUAUCCAUACAAAUAUCCCAUAAACCUUAAGACAUUGAUGAAGAACUUCGUUGUAUGUUAUCACACCAUUGUGAGCACUGUCACUGUAAACUUCUAUACAUGUGUGCAUGAAUAAUAUGGAAAAAUUUUGUCUUUCACAUUGUACACAUUUUUAUCUGGUCGUCGCAUGUGGGGCUUAUGAAAUACUGAAUUUUUGUAGUCUCAAUAAUUCAUUUCAAGUCUAUUAAAUUACUGUGCUUGUACCGCCCUUUUAUUCACUAUAUCUAUUAUGUGAACCUUUUUGGGUUGUCGAUGAAACAAAAAUGUUUGCACUUUUUCCAAAAUUACAAAGAUUUUGCACAUCUGACUCUCAAAAAUUCUGAUUUUAUCUGUUUGUCAAGGAUAUUUUUGUGACAGAGAAUGUACCCUUGUGAGGAUCACUCGCUAGCUAUAUCUAGCUAUAUUUGGGCCAUCAUAUCGUGAACUGAUGCAUAUGUGACAGAAGAGGGCAAAAAAUUGAAACCCAUUGGAGUAAGGUCGAGAGAGACCAAAAAAGAAAAUCUCAACAAUGUCAAAAUAUAUAUAUAUAUAUAUAUAUAUAAUGAAGGGAAAAAAAGCUUAUAAUACACUGGCUUGCACUGUGGCAUUGAGGAGUGCUCAGUCACCCUCCCAGGUGCAUAUCGCUCGCUGAGUGACCCCAGGUUUGCCAAUUCCGAACGAUGCGCAGCUACCCAGAGCUGACGAGCCGCAAACACGGCGAAACACGUGUUCUCUGGUGCUGUCGCAUCGUUCCAUGAGUAUCUGUUUCUCUGCGUGCAGCCAUAGAAGCCACCUUAAUCUGUAAUUUUGAAUUUCAAACACGUCUAGUGUCAUUUACUUGUUUCUUUAAUGGCUUUUUUCCCCAGAUUAUAUAUAUAUAUAUAUAUAUAUAUGACAACAAUAUAUAUAUAUAUAUAUUGACAUUGUUGAGAUUUUCGCAAUAUAUCUUAUCUUAUAUCUCUUGAAUAUAUAUAUGGAUGUUCAAAAGUGUUUGGAACAGAUACUACUCGCACAAAUUUGUUACUUGAACCACCAUUUGGCAUCACACACUAUAGGCUUCCAAAUAUACACAUAGAAUGAAACUCCACAAGGUGUAUAGCACAUAUUUGCAUGAUCUGAAAUGAAAUUGCUCAGUUAUAGCAUAGUAUGAGUUGAAUUAAUUGGAAAAGUCAAAACUAAAUAUUGUUCAAUUGAGUAAUACUAGUAUGUUGCACCCCCUCUCUAACAAAAUAAGAUGUCACUGUUCAUAUUCCAUCACGCAUUCAAGCAGUACGUGCAGUGUUGAAUUCCCUAUAGGCUUCUGUGGCAUUGGGUUCUACGCAUAACUUGCUCUCCACCACCAGUAGGACUUAGGAGUUACUUAAAGGUUUUGUUUGGAAUGGGCUUAAAUUGUUUUAGCAGCCCAACAUGUGCAAAGACAGAGAAUGGAGCUUGUGGUUUAUCGAAAAAACUACAGGGAUUUAUUCCGCCUUUGAGAUGUCUCUGACUGCGAGCACUCAAUCGAGCUUAACAGUUUCGUACACCUGUGGGUGAGCUUGCGUAGUUCUUACAGCAUUUUGAAAGAGUUUACACGUUUUUGUAACCAGAGUUCGGAAGUCUAGAAUUGGCGUAACUAGUGUACCACGUGUUCUCUGCGUGGUACUUCUGUGCAGUACGCCCCGCUAUAGUGCAGAAAUGUGUAAUACUAGGAACUGGCAACAAUGUUGUCCAUCUGUGCUAAUUCAAAGGCCUAAUAGAGCUACAUAGCUAUAGGAUGCAGCACUGAAAAAAAUAUUCUAAGGCCUCACGAUAAUUUCAACACAAAAGCUGCAGAGAAAUGACAAUAAGAAGCUUCUUCUUGUUGGCAUUUUUUGUGCCGAGUACCACCGAUAAUCUGGUACAUUUACCCUCAGUCCAUUCUCGUGAAGAAUGCAGAUGUUGAAAAUGUAUAUUUAGACAAGGUACCACAAAGUCGUUUGCACAUAGGUACUUUCUUAGUAGGGCAUACAUUAUGGGCAGUAUAUUCAAAAAGUUCAUGAAAAAAGCGCCUUCACUAAAACUGUACAGACAUGGUAAUCACAUCUUGAUCUGUCAAGAAUCGAGGUUUCACUCAUAUGCGGCAUGCUACAGGUCCUGCGUUCUUUAUUCCGGUGUGUGCAGCUGCACAUAGCUUACGUCAUGUCUGUUUCGUUGCACAAGAAAGGACAAAGCUCAUCAGAUAUUAUGUAAUUUGCACAGCUAGGAGAAGAGGCUGGAUGUAUAUUCAUUUCUGAACGCAGUAUUGAUGUACUGUAUUGAUAAAGCAAGCCAGUAAGAUCUGCGAGAAGUUAUGUUGACUAACAUGGAAACUCACUUGUGAUGUGAAACUGUAUCGGGAGGAACUUGUCCUUUUGCAAAUUGCAAAACAUAUUCAAGAAAACAUUGUGACAAAAGAAUUCUUGAUCUGAUAUUUGUUUGGAAGCGAUAAAAUAGUGAUGCAGAUGUGUUUCUGUCGCACUGAGUGAUCACCAGAAUUACAUGUUCAGUACUGGAAUAUUUGCUUAGAAAGUCAUAGAUGUGCAAAGGGUUUUGUUUGUCCUGCUCAUCACAGAGUUUCUCUUGAUUGCAUGAAGUUUGUUUUGUCCAUAGUAACAUUGGAAGCUGUGGAAUAAUGACAUUUUUGUAUGCGACACUUGUUGAAGUGUGUUCUCUACAACACCCCAUUAGAUGUAGCAGUGCCUUAAAUGUCAUAUUGUCUCUAUUAUUUCAUUUUCUACUUCAGGUGUAACACAGUGGUUGGUACUAUAGUACACUGCAAUGUUGUACUCUAAUGGCACCAUGACCUCAUAUGCCUUUUUCAUUGUGCCCUACUCUUGUAUUACUGUGGAAGCCUUUUUCUGUAAAUGGGAGUGAGUGUACGGUGGAUUGCAUGAAGGGCCUGCUGAAUCGUUACUCAACAUUAUUUUCAGGUGAGGUGAUGCAGGUUAAUAGCAUCGCACUUUCCUCCCUUUACGAGUAUAAUUUCUAGAUGCAUGACAAGUUAUGAACACAUGAUUUACAUAUACAGGCCCCAAGGUGUCUCUCCUGAAUAUUGAAGAUAUGUGUAGAACAAGCUUUUGACCCCCAUUGAUUCGGCUUGCAUACUUAUGGCGGUGCAUCUGGAGCAACACGUAUGGCUCCAUCUUUGCUAAACCACUUUUUUCCCUUUUUUUUCUUCUUUGAGCCAGUGAGUCAGUACUAUUAUUUGAGGACUCACUUGUUUAUAACACCAUGCUUAUUGCUGUAAUAGUCACUGGAGAUAUGUCCCUCACGAGGGUUUAUGCACUUGUAACUCAUGGAAUCUACUUUUGUUCACACACGCUUUUUGUGUAAAUCACAUAAUUGUGGUUCACAGUACCUGUUGUCUUUGAUAAGAGAGGUUAUGGUUAUACAUACAUAGAGGUAUAUUAGAUUUUGUACUAGUCUCUUCUGUUAUUAUUGCUGGAAAUGUAGGCAGUAAGAGUGCUUUAAAUUGCAAGAGCUUUGCUUUAAUUGCUGUGAGAAAUUUUUGCUGCAGUGAAUGUAAGCGGAUGGUCGCACGUUGAAAAACAGUAUUUCUGCAACUUACUCAAGCUUCUGCCAUGGCCUGUUUUUAACCUGUUAUAACCGGUUCGCUGAUUAUUAGCCAAUUUUUUUAACCUUAGGUUUUGAAAGCAACCCUUGAUAUCCAAGUAAUAUCUGCUUCUGCAUUCGAGUUAAGUUUCUAUGGAAUGCUAUAUUGAGACAGAUUGCCCCUUGCAAGAACACUUGCUAUAAAUCCUUGAAACAUGUCUGUGCAGAGAGUGAUUGUGUAAAAUAUACGACCUCUAAUCGUUGGCCUGCGGUAGCCCAUUCUGAAAAUUUCUUUUCCUAUUUUUUAAGAUUCAUUUUAUCUUGUCAUGCUUAAUGUGUUGUAAGGCAAAUGACAUGCGUGAGUUAUCCCAUUGCUCUUGGCGAUAUCAAGGUUUUUUUGCUAGUAAUAUUUUUCUUGAAGAGCUUGUUUUUACGAGACCAUUGCAGUCCUUCAGAGAUCAUGCAUACAGUGUAAGAUAUGUAAUUUUCAUUUAAUGAGAGGGCAUUUGGCUUAACCUGUGUAUAAUAAACAACUCGGAUUCAUGCUUGUGAAAAUAAAAUGAGGAAUGGUUUUCAGAGUGAA